AUGUAUAAUCAAGAAAAUCAAGACGAUAAGAGAAGAAUUGAUGAACGAUUGGUCUUAUCAGUACCAUAUGAUGAUACUGUUGAGAACAUAUCAUAUAUCAAACCAGUAAAACUAUCUCAUUGUUAUUCAGACGAAUGUUUGGAAGCUAAUAAAAAAAUUUUAGACGAUUCUGAUCAGUCUUUAAGUCAAAAUUCACCGAUUGUGCAAUCAAAUUAUGAUCGAUCAAGUGGACGCCUUAGUAUUGAUGAUUCUGAUUUGAUCGAUGAUUCAACAAGUGUGGCGCAAUUGUCAACAUCUUCUCCGAUAUCAGUCACAUCUGCAUCAACAUCAUCCUUUUAUCCAACACUUAAUGUCGGCAGUGGAGCAGAAGUCAGUGCAAAAUAUGCAAAAAUUGGGCAGUCACAAGGGACUAAAAGUGAUCAAAGUAGUAGUUUACGGCUCAGCGAUAAAUACAAGAAAUAUACAUCUGCAAAAAGUCGGUUAAACGAAUUAUGUGAAAUAAUUGAGAAGAAGGAUAAACAAUUGCGAUUAGUUCGAAAUGGACUUAAUGAGAAGGAUCUGGAAAUUGGGAAGUUGCAUGAUAGGAUUAGAGCUUUGGAAUAUAAUUGUGGAAGAUUGCAAUCGGUGAUUGAAUCUGUUGGAGAUGAAUCGGAUCAAAAUCAGAUAAAAUUAAAUGAAAUUAUCAAUGAACGAGAUGGUUUGCUUGUUAGGAAUGCUUCACUUUCACGACAGAUUGAAUUCGAAAAACGAGAAUGGUCGAUCGAACGAGAACGUCUUUCAAUGGAUCUUGAUGAUGUAACCAGAGAACUUGAAUUACAAAAAAUGAUUUUAAAUGGUGAAAGUAUCUCAGAAAUUGUUCAACGGUGGCAAACAAAAGUAUUUGAAUUGGAAGGAAUGAUAACUGAUCGAGAUCAUGCAAUACGGGCGCAAGAAGCUCGAAUCAGUAAACUGAAGCAAUCACUAGCAGAAGUUGAUCGUAUCUCUUGUGAUGAUUCAUUAGAAAUGCAAACAAAACUUGAUUUUCCUUCGUUCAAUUCUUUAAAACAUCUACUGCUACAAUAUCUUACUAGUUCCGAUGAAGAACGAAUGCAGCUACUACAUAACGUGUCAACUAUGCUUCAUUUAUCAGAUGAAGAGCAACGCCAAGUAUGGGCAAAUCUAAAGAGCAAAAUUCGCAUUUCUUGA